UGAAGAGUCUCCCAUGCAAAAGAAGUUUCUCUUUCUGCGGCCUGCGUAGCUUUUCUCUCUCGUUCAGAUCAGGAUCAGGAUAUUGUUUUCUAUCCUGACUUCCUAUUUCCUCUCCCUUUCUGUUACAUCCGUGUCAUUCUCUUUCUGGCCUCUCCUCUCCUCUCCCUCCCUCUCUAGCUCUUCGCCUGAACUCUUUCUUUCCAAGAUCCUCUCCGCACCUCAGGUUGUUGAUUUCUCAGGAGUUUCUGGGGUUGCUCGGCUGCAUGGCGAAUCAAGCCGGAGACAUCAGCUAUGAAGAGGAGUAUGUGCUGAAUUCUAGAGGGUUGAAGCUUUUCACCUGCAGAUGGGUUCCGAGCGGGGAAGCGAAGGCUUUGAUCUUCAUCUGCCACGGUUACGCCAUGGAAUGCAGCAUCACCAUGAACAACACGGCGAUCCGGCUGGCGAAGGCGGGCUUCGCGGUGUACGGGAUCGACUACGAAGGCCACGGGAAGUCGGGCGGGAUGCCGGGGCUGGUCAACAGCUUCGACGACGUGGUCGAAGACUGCUCCAAGCACUUCACCAACAUCUGCGAGAGGAGAGAGAAUAAGGGGAAGAUGAGGUAUCUGCUGGGAGAGUCGAUGGGAGGAGCGAUGGCCCUCCUCUUACCCAGGAAGAAGCCGGACUUCUGGGACGGUGCUAUCUUGGUCGCCCCCAUGUGUAAGAUUGCAGAUGACAUGAGACCUCAUCCCCUGGUGAUCACAGUCCUAACCAAACUGUGCAGAAUCAUCCCAACCUGGAAAAUAAUCCCGACCAUGGACAUAAUCGACCUCGCAUUCAAACAGCCCGAGAUCAGGGAACAGAUAAGAGCAAACCCGUAUUGCUACAAGGGACGGCCACGCUUGAUAACAGGGCAUGAACUAAUGACGGUCAGUAUGGACUUAGAGAAGCGGCUCGACGAGGUUUCGUUGCCGUUCCUAGUCCUGCACGGAGGAGAGGACAGAGUGACGGACAAGGCGGUCAGCCAGCUCCUGUACGAGGUCGCUUCGAGCGAGGACAAGACGUUCAAGUUGUACCCCGGGAUGUGGCACGGCCUGCUCUACGGAGAGCCGUCCAGCAACAUCGACAUCGUGUUCGCCGACAUCAUCGGCUGGCUCAACGAGCGGACUGCUAUCGGAAGCUCGAGGAUAGAGAGAGAGCAGAAAAGUGCAGAGGACGAUGGCGCCGCGAAGGCCAAAUAAUGGGGGAAGAGAGAGGAAAACUACUUGAUUGAUUAUACAUGAAGAGAGAAAACACAGAGUUCUUUGCUCAUCCUUGUCCGACAUGGUUGGGUUCAAGCGAUAGAGAUAUUUGAGUGAUCACAGUGUGUAGUUUUUAUUCCGAAUUGUAUUUACUUUAUGUUUUAUACGUAAAUAGUCCGGGCAAUUUGCUUGCUGUACA